CACACAUCGUCUAUAAUGUAGCUUCUUCGAUAGCCUUAGUCACUAUGUUCCACUUUUACGUUGUUGAGGACUUGAUAUCGUUAGAAGUUGGUGAGUACCUCAGUGACGCGCGAUCGCAUCUAUCGGCUAAGGUAUCCGAUAAGUACGUUGAUAAGGUAAUCGGUGGUGUUGGCCUAGUAGUGCUUGUAGAUGAUAUAUUGGUACAAUCCGAGCCUAAGAUCAUGCCAAAUGAUGCCUGUGCUAUGUUUACACUCAGGUUAAGGAUAUUAGUAUUUGCUCCGGGUCGUGACGAGCUUUUACGUGGUAUUGUGACAUCAUCUGAUGUUACUGGCAUAUCUGUAUCUUUGGGAUUCUUUAAUGAUAUCAAGUUGAUACCGUUGUUCAUGCCACCAGUAUCAGCAUUCGACGCUGACAGCAGCCAGUGGUACACCGAGGUUGACGGUAAUCGUCUUUACUACAAGCAUCAAUCUGAGAUAUCAUUUCGUGUAGUUGACAUCAGUUACAAUGAGUUGAAUGACCUUUCUGGUGACGAGCAUCUGCCUGUGAUGUUGAUUAUUGGCGCUCCCGUGGAGACUGUAUAGCUGCCCUGCUGGACACUCGUUUAGCAAAAUCGCAAUGUAAUGGCACCCAUGAUGGUUUCUGUCCACAAUUCUAUUUUACCUUGGCACUGAUAUAGUCACU